CCCACAGGCACCACACUGUACUGCAAGGCGGGCCGCGAUGGCAUCUCGCUUGGGGACUGCCCUUUCACCCACAGUGUGCAGAUGGCCCUAGGUCUGAAGAGCGUCUCCUACGAGGUGGUCCCCUGCACCCAGGACACAAAGCCAAAGUGGUUGGUCGAGGAGUGCGGAGGAAAGAUGCCCUGUGUGUGUCACAAGGGCGAGCCCCAUGUGGAAACCUCUGAAAUUCUGGCGUGGAUUGAGAAGGAAUUUCCCAGCCCAGCACUGCAACCCACGGAGGCUUUGGCGAUGGAGGUGAAGUCUUGUGGUGUCUUUCCGGCCAUCGCUCAGUUCACCAAAAAUACGGAUGCAGCGAAGGAUUUGGAACUUCGUAGCAAGUUGGAUGGCGCCCUGGCAUCUCUCUCGAAAUGUUUGGAGGGCAAGGCAUUUCUACAAGGCGACCAACCGGGCUUGUUGGAUUGUGAUAUCCUUCCCAAACUCCACGUACUGUCGCACGCCACGGCCCACUACAAGGGCUUCAGCAUGGACGAUGUGAAGGAGGGGGGUGAGGUCCUGCGUGCCUAUUGGAGUCGAGGUUCUGCGCUGGAGGCCUUUCAGCGUGGCGCGUAUUCGAAGGAGGAUUGCUUGUGGGGCUGGGGUCAAGCCAGAAGCGACUAGGU